AUGGCAGCCCUGCCCAUGAGCUCGCCACAGGGCAGUGUAGCUAGCGGCGCCUUGCAGACGGCACACGAACGCGAGCCUUUGUCCGCAUCUCAUCAGAUCCCCCUCGGCAAUUUUGAUCAGCUCAUGCCUGACUUCGAGCCCUUCGAUGCCAAGCCACUCAAGCUGUCGAUGCCUGGCGUGUAUGCGUCUGAUCACAGCACAGCCGACGCAAUCAAGGCCCGCGAAAUCGGUCAGAGCGACGUCAGAUCGCGCAGCAUAUCAAGCACCCCAAGCGUACCCGAACGCAGCCACUCUCGUCUGCCGCUGUCACGAUCCCAGCCAGCAGGACUGGUGGUGACGACGUCAACACCUCCUCAGCCGGAAGGCGGCGCUCGCCCGACGUCUGCAAUGAACGAUCAUGCAAUUCGCGACUACGACCCACGGCCGCAGACCUCGCAUUCGACGCCCUUGGCCCCAACAAGCAACGGACAGUCUCUGCAGUAUCAGUCCAGGCACCAUGCAACGUCUCUAUCCAGCCAAAUUCCCUUCCCAUCGGGGCAAGCUUUGCGAGGGCACAUCGUACGGCCACAUUCUGUGGCUGUCGAUGUCGAUCUGACAAAGCUACGCAUACAAGACGCCGGCUACCAUCCUUACCGACGAGGAGCGCCCGGAGCGCGUGGUUCUGGCCAUCCUGAUAGCCCUCUGGCGAGCCCAGACCGGACUCAACUACGCAAGAUCACUGCGACUGCACCCCUUCUGACCAGCCAGACCUCUCCUGGCGGCACGUCACCCUCGCGCCAGACUUCCUCCGCGCCUCGGCCCUCUAUCGACACAUCGGCUUUGAUGUUGCAGUCCACCAGACCGGCAAGCAUCUCGACAGCCUCGAUCGAGACGCCCAAUAUGAGCUAUCCGAGCGCGCUUUCUGAUCGCUCGGGAAGAAGCACGCCGACCGCUGCAGAGCGAGAUAUCAUGACGCCCACACCACCAGGCGGUUCGCGAUCGGCCUCUGCCCCAAGUCCAGAAUACUUUUCUGCGACGGAAUCGAGCGCUCAAGGCAGUCAGGGCUACGCAGGCAUCACUGACUCUGUCUCACGAGGAUCGAGCGAUACUCCGCCUGGCCCGUCAAUAUCGACAGACCAUCCAUCCAUCGUAUCGUAUGCGACACCUCGGGAUCCUACCCGCCAGCCCGUCCAGCCCAGGGGCAAACUUGGACUGAAAGGCCUUCGCAAGGCGCUCAACCGUUCAGCCACACCUGUCACGGAUCAUGAAUCUCACUCAUCCGAAACGCCUUCAUCUUCUGGCGUUCAAAGCACCUCGUCGAGCGGGUAUAGCAGCAGGUCAACCAGCCCGCCUUCGACACCGCCAAGCGGCUAUGAUCUACUGAGUGAGCUCGAUAGCGCUGUUCCAGGCCAAGCAACGCAUUUGAACGGUAAGCAGAGCGGCCGCAGGUCGUCUAUCUUCAAUUCGCGCCUGGGAAACGCUUCGACAGACAACAUCUCGAUUUCGUCUACUAUGUCAUCAGCGUCCAUGAUCAUGCGCAAGAUUGGCGGCUUUGGCGGCAAGUUGACGAAGCGACAUUCAAUCAGCGGUCUCACGCAUAUCUUCAGAGACAAGAGCAGGAGCGAGCCCGCCGUCUCAUUUGACGCGCCAAGAUCGGACAAGGGCAAAACGACGGCGGCGCGCGUAGCCCAUGUCACUGUCGAGCAGGACGGUAAUGUAGCCAGUCCUUCUAGGGCAGGCAUGACGCCUGCAGAAGCGCUGGUCAAGCAGCACCAGCUAGAAUAUGCACAGCGUCAGGCCGCUGCAGAUGCCGCGGCAGGAUCAAGCAAGCUGCGUCAGCUGGCCCCGCCCACAGAUCGACGCAUCGAGAUGCUGGAGCGCGAGAAGAUGCGAGCAAGAGAGCAGCGCAAAGGACGCAAGUGGGGUCUUGACCUACUAAGCAAGAACAACACUUCACGUAGCUCGCUUGUACCCGGUCCUGAACCGAUCACUGAUCGGCAAGCAUAUGAUUCGCCUCUCGCUGGUCCUUCGACGGAGCGAUACAUGCAGCCGAGUAAGCAGGCAUCGCCUUCGCUCGACGAUUCACCCGCCUCACCGCCAAUGGAGAUGCCAAGAGCAAAGCAUCGCGACUACCAGGGACCCAUCAAAGGCAUCCUCAAAGCACAUCCAACAGAUCGGCAGGACAUGACGAUACGCGGCAUACGAGCGCUGAGAGAUCGCAGCCAUUCCUACGAUAGUCCCCAUCAGAAGUCCCCACCGAAUCGACCUGGCACCGGUGCUGCCUUGGUGCAGAUCAUCCCCUCGGAGCAGCAAAUUGAUGGCAUCAUCUCGGAUGGCACUGGGUCGACCCAUCGGCGUGACACUAUCGCUCCAAGCUCGGUCGAAAGCGGAGGCCACAUGCCUUAUAUGCAUGCUUCUCACAACGUCUCUGCGCCAGCCCUAUCAAAGACGUGGAGCGCGACGCCGCCGACUCUUGCAGAAGCGCUCACUCGAAGGCCGGCAUCGAUGCUGCCAUCCGAUCAUGCUUCCCUCAGGCGGCUCCACUUUGCGCCGAAUCUAUCAGUCCACACGACCUGGCCAGCUGAAGUCUACGACCGACGUGGCGAGCCUGCAACAUGCAAUCGCCUGACGCCAACGCUCGCACAACGGAUCAAAGAGGAGCUCAACGCCUAUAAGAUGGAAGAGAUGUCAGUGCAUCCGACAUCAAGGGUCUAUACGCACUUCUUUCUGUGA